AUGUCUUCCACUUUCUUUCUCUCUCCUCCUCCUCUGUCAAACACUCACCAGUUUCCGUACUACUCCAACCCAAUUUCAGACUCCUACAUUCCCAUCUCACUCUCCCUAAUCCACAAUUCUCUGAAAAAGCCCAAAUCAAUCCCAGCCUCCAAACUACCAGUAGCUACUUUUACCACCUCUCUUACCCAAUCCUCCGUCAACUCCAGCAGUGACAGCGACAUCAUAAACAACAACAGAAGCGUUAAAUCCACAAACCCAGAUGAUUCAUCCUCGUUGGAAUCCAUUUCGCGUGGCGGUUCGGUCAUUAGAAUUCCCAUAGCUCCAUGGAUGAAGGGUCCUCUUUUACUUGAACCCAAUCAAGUCUUGGACCUCUCCAAACAAAGGAACAAGAAGAAGAUUAUCAAAGGCGAAUCCAAAAGGCCUAAUGGGUCAUUAACAGAUAAGGUUAGCGGGGGAAGGGGGAAGAAGGCAAUGAGAAAGAUUUUCGAAGGAAUUGGAAAACUUCGAGAAACCCAAAAUUCAGAAGAAAGCCAAGAAGGGAUAGAACUUGAUUGUACAUUGAGAGAGGCUGGAAGAGAUCGAAGUUUCACAUUUGGCGAGAAAUUGACAGAGAAAGACAAUAGAAUGGCGUUUCAGAGGACAGAGAAGCAAAAUUCAGACAAGGACCAGAAGAGCCCAGAAAAUACUGGACUUGUUUUUUCUCUGGGAGAGCUCGAAGGAGAUGGGAAGUCGAAUAUUUGUAGGAAAAUGCCUUGGGAGAGAGACGACAGGAUAGUCUUUAGGAGAAUGAAGAAAAAGAAAGUGGUGAGUACUGCUGAAUUGAGUCUUGAUGGGAUGUUGCUUGAGAGGUUGAGGAAUGAGGCUGCAAGGAUGAGAAAGUGGGUGAAGGUUAAGAAAGCUGGGGUGACCCAAGCUGUUGUUGAUCAGAUUCAUUUAGUUUGGAAGAGUAACGAGCUUGCCAUGCUCAGAUUUGAUAUGCCCUUGUGUCGGAAUAUGGACAGAGCACAAGAGAUUGUUGAGAUCAAGACUGGAGGCUUAGUUGUGUGGAUUAAGAAGGAUGUGCUUGUAGUCUAUAGAGGAUUCAGUUAUCAGUUAGGUUUGAAUAACUAUUCGAAGGUGCAUCAUGGCUUAGCUAUUGGUGGAAAAAAAUAUUCCUCAAAUAUCCGUCACCAAGCGAGCAUUACUAGUUCUCAAGUAAAAAUAAAUGCAUGUACUGUAAAUGAAAGGAUGGGCAGAAUGGACGGUGAGGAGACUAUACUAGUUAAUGGAUCACUCUUUGAGCGGGAAGCUAAUAGAUUGCUGGAUGGCUUGGGACCCCGAUUUGUUGAUUGGUGGAUGCAAAAGCCUUUGCCAGUAGAUGCCGAUUUGCUUCCAGAAGUGGUUCCUGGAUUCAAGGUGCCAUUUAGGCUUUGCCCACCCUGUACUAGAUCACAGCUGACAGAUGAUGAACUGACAUACUUGAGGAAGCUUGCCCGUCCUUUACCUAUUCAUUUUGUCCUUGGGAGGAACAGAAAACUUCAAGGCUUGGCUGCAGCCCUCUUGAAACUAUGGGAAAAAUGUCAUAUAGCAAAGAUUGCUGUGAAGUGGGGAAUUCCGAAUACGGACAAUGAGCAAAUGGCAAAUGAGCUCAAGAAUCUUACGGGAGGAGUUCUGUUAUUGCGUAAUAAGUUCUUUAUAGUAAUUUAUAGAGGCAAGGACUUUCUUCCUAGCCAAGUUGCAAACCUAGUAGUGGAGAGAGAAUUGGAGCUUAAGAGAUGCCAAUUUCAUGAAGAAGCUGCACGGCUAAAAGCAGUUGAAACCUUUUGUGUGACUGAUGAACCAUCACUAAACACUAGCAUUAUUGGAACUUUAUCAGAAUUCCAGGAUAUUCAAUCAGAAUGUGGAGACCUUAAAGUUGGAAAUAGAGGGGUUGAAGUUCAACUGGAAGCUGAAAAAGAGAGACUAGAAAAGGAACUGAGAAAGCAAGAGCACAAGCUUUUCAUCAUCAAAAAGAAGAUAGAGAGGUCUGGUAAGGAGUUAGGAAAGUUGAAUUCUGCAUUGAGACACGCUGAGCAGGACGAAGACCAAGAAAUAAUAACACAAGAGGAGAGGGAAUGCUUUCGGAAGAUAGGAUUAAAGAUGGAUAGCAUUUUAGUGCUUGGAAGGCGUGGGGUUUUUGAUGGUGUUAUAGAAGGCUUGCAUCAGCAUUGGAAGCACAGAGAAAUCGUGAAGGUGAUCACAAUGCAGAGAAUGUUUUCACAGGUCAUGUUUACUGCAAAACUCCUUGAGGCAAAAAGUGGUGGUAUACUAGUUUCGGUAGACAAGCUGAAAGAAGGCCAUGCUAUCAUUAUGUACCGUGGGAAGAACUACAGACGCCCUGUCAAGUUGGUGCCCCAGGAUCUUUUGAAUAAAAGAGAAGCACUAAAUCGGUCUCUUGAAAUGCAGAGAAUUGGAUCAUUGAAGUUUUUUGCACAUCAAAGACAGCUGGCAAUUUCUGAGUUGAAACACAAACUGAAUAUCAAAGAUCGAAGAAAUUUAAGGACAAAUGCUACAACUAUGGUAAAUCGGGGCAUAUCUCAAAAGACUGUUAUAAGCCAAAGAAUUUCAAGAAGUAUGAUGCACAAACAAACAUGAUUAACUCGGACAAGCUUUCAAUGGAAGUCUUCGGCAUGAACCUUUCUGCAGUGGUUUCUAAAUGUAACUUGGUGGUAACCCCAAGGAGUAGUGGGUUGACACUGACGCUACUCGACACAUUUGUUCAAAGAAGUGGAUGUUUUCUACUUAUAAGAAGAUAGAGCAUGAUGAACAGCUCUACAUGGGAAAUUUCUCCGCUUCAAAGGUUGAAGGCUGUGGAAAUGUUAUACUCAAGAUGACAUUUGACGAGAAACUUAUCUUGAAUGAAGUGCUACAUGACCCUGACAGUCGCAAGAAUCUAGUGUUCAAUUUUUUACUUAGUAAAAAUAGCUUUAAGUUAGUCUUUGUAUUUGACAAAUUUGUAUUCAGUAAGAAUGAGAUGUUUGUAGGAAAGGGAUACACAGAUGAUGGAUUUUUCAAGUUCAAUGUAAUGACUGUUGUACUAAAGUCUAUU